UUCCCAGGACUGCUGCGGGACUCGGAGGCUGCAGGGCGGGGAGAGUGUGGGCCAGGCUGCCGGAGCUGCGAUCACCCGGACCCGGCACGGCUACUGUGGGACAUUUGCACUUUCUUCUUUUGUUUUGCAUCAUUCCCCCCCCCCCCGAAAAUAAGCAAAAACAACAACAAGUCGCGGAGUCCUACGAGUUUAACGCAAAAACGAGAGCCUUCCGAGCGGUGCGAUGGAGGAUGGGAAGCCGGUGUGGGCACCCCACCCAGUAGACGGGUUCCAGCUGGGAACCAUAGUGGACAUUGGAGCCGACAGCCUCACCAUCGAACCUCUCAAACAGAGGGGAAAGACCUUUUUGGCUCCAGUCAACCAAGUCUUCCCUGCAGAGGACGAUGUCAACAAACAUGUGGAGGACAACUGUUCUUUGAUGUACUUGAAUGAAGCCACUCUUCUCAACAACGUCCGUGUGAGAUAUAGCAAAGACAAAAUUUAUACGUUUGUAGCCAACAUCCUGAUAGCAGUGAACCCGUACUAUGACAUCCCCAAGCUCUACUCUGCAGAAACCAUCAAGAAGUACCAGGGCCGGUCGCUGGGCACGCUGCCGCCGCACGUCUACGCCAUCGCUGAUAAGGCGUACAGGGACAUGAAGGUCCUGAAGAUGAGCCAGUCCAUCAUCGUCUCGGGGGAGUCCGGGGCUGGAAAGACCGAAAACACCAAGUUUGUGCUCAGAUACCUGACGACGUCCUAUGGAACGGGUCAGGACAUAGACGAGAGGAUAGUGGAAGCCAACCCGCUGCUGGAGGCUUUUGGGAACGCGAAAACCGUCCGGAAUAACAACAGCAGUCGCUUCGGGAAGUUUGUGGAGAUCCACUUCAAUGAAAAGAACGCUGUUGUGGGCGGCUUCGUGUCCCACUACCUGCUGGAGAAGUCGAGGAUCUGCACGCAAAGCCCCGAGGAGAGGAACUACCACAUCUUCUACCGACUGUGUGCCGGAGCCUCCGAGGACAUCAGGCAGAAGUUUCACCUCAGCUCACCAGACGCAUUCAGGUACCUGAACAGAGGAUGUACGCGGUUCUUCGCCAACAAAGACACAGACAAACAGAUCCUGCAGAAUCGGAAGAGCCCCGAGCACUUGAAGUCGGGCCCGCUGAAAGACCCGCUGCUGGACGACCAGGGCGACUUCAACCGCAUGUGCGUGGCCAUGAAGAAGAUCGGCCUGGACGACACGGAGAAGCUGGACCUGUUCAGGGUGGUGGCCGGCGUGCUGCACCUCGGCAACAUCGACUUUGAGGAGGCCGGGAGCACGUCAGGCGGCUGCACCAUAAAGAACCAGUCGAGCCAAACCCUGGAGCACUGUGCCGAGCUGCUGGGCCUGGAGGAGGAGGACCUGAGAGUCAGCCUCACCACCAGGGUCAUGCUCACAACAGCAGGGGGCACCAAAGGAACGGUUAUCAAAGUGCCGCUGAAAGUGGAACAGGCGAACAACGCUCGGGACGCCCUGGCCAAGGCCGUCUACAGCCGCCUGUUCGACCACGUGGUGACCAGGGUCAACCAGUGCUUCCCCUUCGACUCCUCCGCCAACUUCAUCGGCGUCCUGGACAUCGCCGGCUUCGAGUACUUUGAGCACAACAGCUUCGAGCAGUUCUGCAUCAACUACUGUAACGAGAAACUGCAGCAGUUCUUCAACGAGCGCAUCCUGAAAGAGGAGCAAGAGCUGUACCAGAGGGAGGGGCUUGGAGUCAACGAGGUUCACUAUGUGGACAACCAGGACUGCAUAGAUCUGGUGGAGGCCAAGGUGAUUGGCAUCCUGGACAUCCUGGACGAAGAGAACCGUCUACCUCAACCCAGCGACCAGCACUUUACCGACACUGUACACAACAAACACAAGGAGCACUUCCGCCUGACUGUACCCAGGAAGUCUAAGCUGGCUGUCCACAGGAACGUGAGGGAUGAUGAAGGAUUUAUUAUCAGACACUUCGCAGGAGCCGUGUGUUACGAGACGAUCAAGUUUGUGGAGAAGAACAACGACGCUCUGCACAUGUCUCUGGAGUGCCUGGUUAGCGAGUCCAAGGACCGCUUCGUCCGGGAACUCUUCGAAAACUCCAACAACAGCAAGGACGUCAAGCAGAAGGCUGGCAAGCUGAGCUUCAUCAGCGUCGGCAAUAAAUUCAAGACCCAGCUGAAUAUUCUGUUGGACAAGCUCCGCAGCACGGGCUCCAGUUUCAUUCGCUGUAUCAAGCCCAACCUGAAGAUGAUCAGCCACCAGUUUGAAGGAGCCCAGAUUCUCUCCCAGCUGCAAUGCUCUGGUAUGGUGUCAGUGCUGGACCUCAUGCAGGGCGGCUUCCCCUCCAGAGCUCCUUUCCAUGAACUCUACAACAUGUACCAGCAGUACAUGCCUCCCAAACUCACCCGGCUGGACCCGCGCCUUUUCUGCAAGGCUCUGUUCAAAGCGCUUGGACUGAACGAGAACGACUACAAGUUCGGCCUAACAAGAGUAUUUUUCCGUCCGGGGAAGUUUGCCGAGUUCGACCAGAUUAUGAAGUCCGACCCGGACCACCUGGCCGAGCUGGUGAAGAAGGUCAACAAGUGGCUCAUCUGCAGCCGCUGGAAGAAGGUCCAGUGGUGCGCUCUGUCCGUCAUCAAACUGAAGAAUAAGAUAAUGUACCGGGCGAGUGCCUGUAUCAAGAUGCAGAAGACGGUUCGGAUGUGGCUGUGCAAGAGGAAGCACAAGCCUCGGAUCAACGGGCUGGUCAAGGUGCGCAAUCUGAAGAAGAGGAUGGACCGGUUCAACGAGGUGGUGGCCGGGCUGAAGGAGGGCAAGCAGGAGAUGAGCGUGCAGAUCCAGGAGCUGGAGGCCGCCAUCAACGCCCUGAUGCUCAAAAUCAAAAGCACCAUCAUGUCCCGGAUCGACAUCGACCACGAGUACCAGGCCCUGGUGACCCGGUCGGAGCAGCUGCUGACCGCCAUGCAGAACAAGAAGAAGGAGGAGGAGGAGCGGGAGCGGCUCAAGCGCAUCCAGGAGGAGAUGGAGAGGGAGAGGAAGAGGAGGGAGGAGGAAGAGCAGCGGCGCAAACAGGAGGAAGAAGAGAGGCGUCUGAAAGCGGAGAUGGAGCUGAAGAGGAAGCACGAGGAGGAGGAGAGGAAGAAGAGGGAGGAGGAGGAGCGGAGGCUUCAGAUGGAGAUGGAGCAGCAGCUGGAGGCGGAGCGGGAGGAGGAGGCGGCUCGGCAGGCCGUCCUGGAGCAGGAGAGGAGGGACAGGGAGCUGGCCAUGAGGAUCGCCCAGAGCGAGGCUGAACUGAUUCCCGACGAGGUCCAGAACGACGCAGGCCUGCGCAGUAAUGGCUCCUCAGUUCCAUCGUCCCCAGAGAGAGCAGCAGGUCCGCAGGUGCAGGCCAGCAAGGCCGCCGCCGGCGCCAAGAAGUACGAGCUGAGCAAGUGGAAGUACGCCGAGCUGAGGGACGCCAUCAACACCUCGUGCGAUAUCGAGCUGCUGGCCGCCUGCAGGGAGGAGUUCCACCGCCGCCUCAAGGUUUACCACGCCUGGAAGUCAAAGAACAAGAAACGAAACACCGAGACGGAGCAGCGAGCGCCAAAAUCUGUCACCGACUACGAUCAUGCACCUCCUGUGAAAAAAGCAUCCCAGCAGAACCCGGCCCCGCCCAUCCCAGCCCGGCAGCACGAGGUGGCCAUGAACCGGCAGCAGCGCUACUUCCGCAUCCCCUUCAUCCGGCCGGGUGACCAGUACAAAGACCCCCAGAACAAGAAGAAGGGCUGGUGGUACGCUCACUUUGACGGCCCCUGGAUCGCCAGGCAGAUGGAGCUGCACCCCGACAAACACCCCAUCCUGCUGGUGGCAGGGAAGGAUGAUAUGGAAAUGUGCGAGCUGAGCCUGGAGGAGACGGGCUUAACGAGGAAGCGGGGAGCUGAGAUCCUCCCCCGGCAGUUUGAGGAGAUCUGGGAGCGCUGCGGCGGGAUCCAGUACCUCCGCACCGCCAUCGAGAACCGGCAGGCGCGCCCCACCUACGCCACGGCCAUGCUGCAGAGCAUGUUCAAAUGACGAGCCAGAAGACCAGCGGCGGGCUUCUCGCUUCAAAAACAAAGGGACGAAUGCACCAGCUACCUAACAGACGGCUUCAGAAGCGUACUGCACCAGGUUCUGACUGUAGGGCAUUCAAGUGAACGGCGUUUCUUUUUUUUUGUUGCUGUUUUUUGUUUUUCUUAAUUGUCCUUUUGUCUUUUUUUUUCAGCGUUGUUGUUCAUGUUGUUGGUCUUGCUGGCUUUCGGUUCCUCGAAGUGGCGCGAGGGCAGGGAAGUUUCGCAUUUGAUCCCUAUGCAGAAAAAUCACACUUAUCACAUCCGGUUGUUUUCCAAGGAAUUAUGUUUUCUGUAAUAUUUCUGCAAUUCUAACUAUGAGGCCUUAAACGCUACUUUAACAGGGUUUAAUUGCUGAAAGUAGGACUUUUUCAAAGCUGCCUCCCCAAAAACAAAACGUUUUACUAUUAUUAAUUCAUAUAUGUUUAUAAUUAUGCAUUCCUGAUUACACUGAAGUCUCACUGGUGUGUCGCUUCCAUCUUAACAGCUAGCUGGUGAUCCUACUCAGACUUAAAAUCUGCUGUUUACAUUGUCUUCAUGUAGUUCUUACAGGGCAAUACUUGCACAAGGAGUUGUCAGCUCACCGUUCUCUCUCACCUGAGGCAGUGCUGCAUGAGUGUCAGGUUUUCUCCAGAUUAUUCCUCGUGACUGCACUCGUAAUUAAGUCAAAUAUUUGAUAAUACUUCAGCGUUUUUUACCUUUUUGUCUUUCCAGCCGAAUGUAACUUGAGACAUUGUUGAUUUGUUCAUGUAGUGAUUCCUGUUUGGUUUUGUCUUACUGUUCUCAUUAUGUGUGAUUAAAUGUGUAAAGCUAAUGAUAAAGGUCCAAAAUACCUUCACUUUGAGCCCAACCAUUACUCAUUAAAGGCCACAUUCAAGGUUUUUGGCCACUGCAGUAAUUCAACAUGAUUUUUUUUUUUUUUUUUUUUUCUUAAAAUGCCGCCUGUCUUGGCUUAUCAAGCUUUGUAAUAGGAACAGAAAAUGUAAUUAUGCAACCUCUGAGAUACAACUAAUACACUGAGUAUUUCAGAGUAGAUCAGUGAAUGAGUGUUUGUGCUGCAAUAAAUUCAUCUUAACAAGUCAUUAAUCCCACAUUUAGUCUUACAAUUGUAUCCUCUUAAACAAGGAAAAACAAUCUGCCGACGUGAUGAGAAAAUUUUACUUGUUUCCAAAGCCGUCUCGCUUGUCUUAAGGGUUUCCGUUGAUCUUGAUUAAGGUAGAUCACCCCAUUUUGUCCAUUUGUCUCAUGACGCUGCUUCUUAUUUCCAGAAAAUUCUUGACACAAGUGACAUUUUCAAAACCCGUUAUCAGAUUGUUUCGCUUGUUUUAAGAACAUUAAGGCCCAGUAUACACAUAAGUGACUUGUCAAGAUGGACAUUUUUUUGCUAUAUGCGAGAAGCGAGUUGGGCAACCUUGUACAAUGCACUGGUACUCACCCUUGAACUGGAACAUUCAUACAACACUGAAUAUUUUCUAUAAUGCCGCAGCAAAGAGUAAUACUCCAACUGGAAUGUACGCGUUUAUUUUUAAGAGUACGCUUUCUACUCCGGUUGGUUUGGGCAUGUGAGAUUGUUGAGUAAAGCAAUAAUAAUUCACGCAAACUAAGCUAAGAAAAAAAGGGGGGCGUCCUUUGCCAUGUACAUACACAUUAUAUAGACAAUCUCUCGUGAUGCUAGACCUGCGCUCUUCAAGUUGAGGCUGCUAAGUCUUGAGGUUGUUCCUAAUACGCUCUGCUCUGCACAAGCGAAUGGCCACUUGAAUUGUCUGAACGCAUGAGGAUUGAUUUUUGCUUGCAGACUGUCUGAACCCCUUUACACCUCGCAUUAGCGUGCAUCCUGGUACUCCAAGUGCAGAAAAUACAUGAAAUCUCCAUGCAGAUGCUUCCGAGACGCUUUUAAGAUACAUUCAGACAGCAGCUUUGUCUUAUAAAAAUCUGACUGCCAGGUUAAAAUGUACUUUAGACCUGGAUCGGAUUUUUACAUUUAGUUAUAUAAUGGCUUGCUGUCAUCUGGAUGUUAGCAGUCAUUGUGGAGAUGCAGAUGCACACGUUUUCUGUCCAGCUCUUCAGACUGAUGCAGAGGUUUCUCUGCUUAUCCCGACUGCAAGACAAGAAACUGGGGAACAAUACAGUCACCAUAAAGAAGUUUGCAUUUAAUUGGCUGCUUUCAGAGCGGAACAGCACCACAUAGACAGAUUUAGAUCAGAUUUGAUUGGAAUCUGAUAUGAAAAGUGUGUUCUUUUGCCAUUCAGACUGACUCGCAUCAGAUCUGAAAAAGAAACAGGAUGGAAAUGCUUUUCUGGACACAACCAAAUGCAGUGCGUCUAUAGGAGCUACGUACAAGCAGAGGUACUUUCAGGAAGCCCUCGCAAACCAAAUAGGUGUCAGAGAGCUCAUAUAGUAACAUAUAUGUUUAAAAAAAAAAAAAAAAAAGAAUGCUCAGAUGAGUUCUUGAUAGUGAGUAUGUGAGGUGAAGUGUGUGCUGUCAGUUUUAAAGAAGGUAUGCAUUUUAAUGGCAGGUGUAAAGGGGCCUUUGCCAUGUUCUGAGGUGAGUCCUUGGACUGACUCCUUGGAGAAUUUCCUCAAAUGUACAAGAUGUCUGGCAUUCGGUAUGAUCCGUUUCUCUACAUGCAUUACAAUCAUUCCUCGGAAAGCACUGCCUUUUUUCCACUGUCGUUUUUUCUAAUGCUGAUCUCUCUAACAGAUGAAUAAAUGCAUUCCAUGUUUCACUCA